UGUCCCGUUGAUUGGCUAGGAUAGCUGUCCGUCCGUUAGCUGGGUAUAUUUAGCUGAUUGCAUUAUCGGAUCAGAUUUACCUGCAGACCAACAAUAUAGAGAGAAGUACACAUAAGUUUGUGCUGUUUUCAUGCGAACUAUAGCCGGCAGAGUAGUUAGCUAACUAGCUAAGCUAGCAUAACGAGCAACAGACACUGGAUUUUGUGUGAGGAACGAAAACAGACGAUUUGAGACAUGUCUUCAGACGAAGACAGGGCCAAGGAAAUUUUAAAGGGCUUCAAACUAAACUGGAUGAAUCUCCGAGAUGCAGAGACGGGGAAAGUGCUGUGGCAGGGAACCGAGGACCUGUCUGUACCAGGAGUAGAACACGAAGCUCGCGUCCCGAAGAAGAUCUUGAAGUGUAAAGCAGUGUCCAGAGAACUCAACUUUUCUUCCUCAGAGAAACUGGAGAAGUUCAGACUGGAGCAGAAAGUUUUCUUCAAAGGACAGUGUCUAGAAGAAUGGUUUUUUGAGUUUGGUUUUGUUAUCCCCAACUCCACCAACACAUGGCAGUCUCUGAUAGAAGCAGCUCCAGAGUCCCAGAUGAUGCCAGCCAAUGUUUUAACUGGAAAUGUGAUCAUAGAGACCAAGUUCUACGAUGAUGACCUUCAUGUCAGUACCUCCAGGGUACGACUUUUCUACGUCUGACCUCUGACCCCGUCUCCUGACCCCUGACUCUACCUUCCAAAAUGCUGAUGUCCUGCCAAGGUCUAUAAAUUACCAAGGUUAGCUACAAUUGGCAGCAGUAAGCAGCUCAUGGCUGUCGUGGGAUCAGCACAUUUGGAUGAAACCCAGCGGUGGUCCCACAGUUAGUGAAGUGAGCCUUGUGUUUGGUUAUUCUCCUGUUUGUGUCGACCUGAAAACUUCUUGUAGACCUUGGGAGAGGGGAGAGAAGGAGAGAGCACUCUGCUGUUCCCUUCUGUUCUAAGAUCAUCUCUUUCUGCAUUUCCCCUUCAAUACUAUUCCACUGUAAAUACAUUACCAAUGAUGUCCAAUUAGCCAGGGACCCACUCUGAAAUGAUUUGUGCUUUUUAAGAAUUAUGCUCUCUUUCACUCCAAGGUUGCGUUUACUCAGGAGCAAAACAUCAGAUUUGUAACCUGUCUGAUGUGAUCUUGUUGUUUGGAAACUCUGCUCUCCAUGUGUCAUCAGUGUGGAGGCAAGAAGCUCAGUGUCCCUCCUGAGCUAUGUUCAAGAGAUCAUCAUCAUAAAACACUUGAUACGGUAACAUUUCUUCUAUCUGUGUCCCACUCCAGAGGCUACUUUCUGUGAAGGCAACAUUUCCUGACAGGGUAUAUCACCAUGGGCACAUUGUCCCACUCCCAGUGAAAAACAGCUUCUUUUUGUACACAUCUGAAAAACACAAUAGGUCAAUUGUUUAUAGUCCUUAAUAUCCCCCAAUUGUUUGUGCAGAUCAGUUUUUGUCCAUAAAGUAAGGAUAUUCUUCUGUCUAUGAUCAGCUAACUGGAAGAUAACAACAACUGCUCUGAAAUGUCCAAGUUCCCAAGCGGACGAGGGAUGCCUGAAAGAAUGCAUGUUAAAGGUGGUUUCUGUGAGGUCAGGUUUUACAACUUGUAAUGUCACACUUCUGCAGGCAGUCUCUGAAGUGGGACACAGCAUCUACCAAACAAACCUUUCCUGUGUCCUGACUACAUUUCAAGUGUACUAAAGUGGUUUUUUGUGUGGUGUCAUGGAGGACCAAACGCCUGUUUUUAUUCCAGUCCACCAUCAGAGCUGCAGGUUUAAAUGGAUUGCUUCUCGCCUGUUGUGUUUGGAAUGAAAAGCCGUACACUGUUGUCAUAAUGACACGCUUGAAAAGCACUCUGUUUGAGGGACAUUCAGCAGACAGACAGAAGAGUUUUAUAACAUCCACUUGCGUGCUUGUGCUGUACUUUCAACUAAAUCAUCAUCAGGGGUAGACAGAGACCUGCAUCAUUUCUCCUCAGUAGUUCAGCUGCUUCACUCAGCUCUGCUCUGUACAUUCCGGCUUCCAUCCCAUUCACUACGUGAAUGUCAUUGUGUGUGUUUUUCUUAGCUGCUAACUAAGCUCUGUAAAAUAGACUUGUGUUUUAAUAUGACAGAAGUUGUGGAUUAAAGUCAUCCAAUGUUGUAAUAA